AUGGAAAACCAAGAGACUCCAACCUGCCGUUGGGGCAUCCUUACCGCUGGCCUUAUUUCAUCCUGGUUUGUCUCAGACCUCGUCUCUCCCAGAGAAGAUGCAAAAGCCAACCAUGUCAUUCAUGCAAUCGGUGCAUCAUCUGUCGAGAAAGGUCAAGUCUUUGUCGACAACUUCAUGGCCGACGUCGAGAUAAAGCCCAUCUUGUACGGUACAUACGAAGAGCUUUACAAUGAUCCCAUGAUCGAUUGCAUCUACAUCGGUAGCCCUCAUGGCUUCCACUACCGUGAUUGCAUGGCAGCUAUCAAUGCUGGAAAGAAUGUUCUAUGCGAGAAGGCUUUUACAAUCAAUGCUCGCGAGGCCCGUAGCGUCUUCGAGGCUGCAAAGGCCAAAGGAGUCUAUGUUGCUGAAGCCAUGUGGCUUCGUCACCGACCUAUGAUUGCCGAGAUCAGAAAACAACUCUACGAGGACAAGGUGAUAGGCGACGUUACACGAACCAACUGCGAUUUUCAUGCGCAUUGGGACCUGGAUGCUUUACCUGAGACUUCGCGACUCAAGAACCUGGAGCUAGGCGCUGGCACCUUGCUCGACAUCGGCAUCUACUCCCUCACUUGGGCCAUAACGACACUUGAUCCUUCAGCUCCUGCCGCCGGUGGCACAAAGGCUGCAGCAAAAAGUGAUAUUGGUAGCGAAAAACCAAAAGUCAUGGCAACGCAGUCAUUCAAAGGUGAUGUCGAAGUGGGCACCAGCGCUAUCUUACAUUACCCCAGCAGUGGACGACAGGGAGUAAUUACCUCAACAGGAAGCUCGCCACGUGGUGGCCCGCAUUGCUUUGGGACUAUCGAGGGCACUGAUGGAUUUAUUGAACUAGAAGGGAAUGCCCCCUCGCAUCCCACUGCCUUCGUUGUGUACCCACGAUGGUCUGAAGGCACUAAACCUGAGGGCAAACGAUAUGAAUGGAGCUUGAAACCCCGGCAAGGCUUUCAAUUCGAGGCAGACAACACGGCCUUGGAUCUACAGGCUGGCCUAAAGGAGAGUCCCAUCAUGCCUUGGUCUGAAACUAUCCACGUCAUGGAGAUUAUGGAUGAGAUUCGACGGCAGGGUGGCACAAAGUACCCUCAAGACAAUUAG